UUACAAAUGGGUCGACCAGACCAAGGUCCGGUGUUUCAUGCUCAAUCUGCACCUGUACAUCCAAACGGUGUACCGAUGGGCAGACCGGGUCAGCCAAAUGGAGUACCAAUGACCGGAACGGUUUACCACCAACCAUCGAACUGGACUUCAGGACUUUUUGAUUGCAUGAACGACGGAGGAAAUGCUCUCAUCACAUGUUUCUUCCCGUUCAUCACAUUCGGACAGAUUGCUGAGGUUAUCGAUGAAGGGGCGACGAGUUGUGGGACGAGUGGAAUGUUAUAUGGAUUGAUCUGUUGCCUAUUAGGUAUACCGUGUGUUUACUCAUGCACAUUCCGGGCCAAGCUCCGAAACAAGUACGGGUUACCAGAUGCUCCGGCUCCGGAUUGGAUCACUCAUUGUUUCUGUGAAUAUUGUGCACUUUGCCAAGAAUAUCGUGAACUCAACAACCGUGGCCUUGAUCCUGCCAUUGGGUGGAUCGGGAAUGUGCAAAAGCAGCGAAUGGGUCAGCAACAAGAGAUGAUGGCUCCUCCAAUGGGUCAACGGAUGGGUUGA